UCGUCGUCGCUUGUUGUCGCUUUCUGAUUAUGAACUGCGCAGGUCCAAUCUCUCAAGUUUCGCGAAGGGGAGCUUCCUCUUUUGGAUGCGUGAUCGAGUGUGUGUCGGGAGUCAAAUUUAGACGCUGAGCUGUUCGACUUCGCCACAGGAAAGGGGAGAACUUCGUUUGCGUUGCGCGUUUUUAAGUUGCGAUAUGGACGUCGUUCGAACAGCUGUCGAGGAAUGCUGCUUUAGAAGCUUUAUGCACGCCACGACUUGGUCAGGUGGUACAUCUCGUUGAAAGAAGACUUGAGAUGUGUUACUUCCAGUACUUUGUCGACAUGGAAGAUGAUCAAAUGGUUGUUUCAUAUGAAAGCCUCCCUGAAACAGUUCUUUUAAAAAUUUUUCUGAAGCUUCCACUACCUGAUCGCCUCCAAGCAGCCCUGACCUGUCGUCAGUGGUACAACAUCUUCACUUCACCAGCUGCAUGGACCACAUUUCACUUUCGCUUUUAUGGCCGCAAAGACACGAGGCUUCUUCAGUGCAUUGUGUCCUAUGGUUCUUACCUACGGCAAGUUGUCAUCGAACUCAACCAGUUCCAAAAUGUCAAUCGUGUGAAUGCAGUACAAGCUCUUUUACAACUUGCCAAGUGCUCUUCUACAAGGUUAUCAAGCCUCAGCAUCAUUUGCACUGGUGAAAAUCCCCUAUUUUAUGCAGGAAAAGAAUUUGUGUCAGCCUUGGAAACUGUUUUCAAGAGGUCUAACAGUCAUUUGGUUCAAGUGAAUCUGAGCAAGUUUCCAAUGAUGAUUGAUUCACAUACUAUUGACGUUCUAUCUCGGCACAACCCCAAGCUAGAACGUCUGAACAUUCAGAAUGACAACCUUGUUUGCUUGGUACACCCAGAUAGCAUCCUCAGACUUGCUCAGCAUUGCCGGCGGCUUCGUGAGCUGUGUUUACACAAGUGCAGCCUUUCCCAAGAUGUGGUUCUGUGCUUCCUCGAAGAAAAUCGUGUUCCUCUUGAGCACCUCUCCCUGCGGUGUCGGAGUGAGGAGAUCAUUGCCAGCCACCCGCACGAUGAAAAGACACAACUGAGCUCGGAGCUGUGGUCUUGUGUGGUUGCUCGCCUGCCCAAGCUACGUGUGACCCUGCAUUUUGACCAGACUUGUCCUCUUGUGGUCAUUCCUUUGGUCAUGAAGCCAGAGGUACCGUGUUCAGUGCUCAGGCUGGAGACUUUCACAAUCAUACAUGAUAUGGUGUUACAGGCAGCAUACAACUACUCAGAAACACUUGAAAAACUUAUCUUGCAAGCACCACCUAGUGCUGAACUGGAAAGUGCCUUGCUGGAACUUUCUUGCAGGUGUUCUCGGCUAAGGGCACUGCAUGUCUUUUGCCCAUUGAGUGUGCACACAAUAGAUAACAUCCUACAGGAGCACCCACACAUGAAAACUAGUGGGCUUUACACAUUGAGGUCAGAAAGGGGCACUGAUGGACCGUGGGCAACAGAUGAUAAAGUUAAUGCAUAAUGCUCUGCACCAUACCUGGACAAUAACACUAUUCCAUAAACAAGCCAAACCAUAAACUUUCCUUCUCCAUCUAGUGAUAAAUGUUGGAAGGAGUCACCAAAACAUUAAGGUUUGGCAAAGGAAUCACAAUUGCAUUUAAUAUCUGAGUGGGAUAUUCAUAAAAUUACAAUGCACAAUUAUAAACGCAUCAUGAAUAAAAAAUAUUACAGCUGCUAUUGCAAAUAGUCUGGGUGCACACUCAACUUUAAAUAUUGGAUGUCAACAUGUUCUGAACACUUUUGCCAAAUUUUGCUCAUAACAUCAAAACAGCCUAAGCUAGCUAAAGAAUCAACAUAUUGCUGUAAUAAUGUGCAUCCGUGCUCAAAUAGUAAUAGGGGUUAUGGGGUGAUAGAAGCACACUUGACUUUUGAUAAGUUAUUACUCUAGGUCCACAGUUAUGCUAGAAGACUGAAAGGACAAGAUGCAUUCAUUGGCAAGUCGUGCAGUGCCAGUAUACUAGCCAAUAUUACUGGAUUUAGACAAUGCUGGAUUGGGCUAGUUGUUGGUAAUGUUCCAUGGUACUAGGCUUAAAGCAUAAGAGCAAGACACAGGGCAAGAUUCUCUUUGGUUGUCCUCCUUGGUUGUAUAGUACAAAAGUACUCGUCAGCUGUAAUCUUGUCCUGUGUCCUGCUUCUGCGCUGUAACUCUAAUACCAUACAUUUGGCGUUGAGCUCAGUUCACAAAUGACUAGAAAGGAGUAGCCUUAACUUUGGUUUCACAAAAAAUGCAUGGUUGUAAUUCUUUUUUUUUUUUCACAAUUGAACAGUGGAAUGCUGCAUACAGAAAAAAUGUAACAUGUUGGAAGCAUAUUUCAGUUAGAAAUCUUAAAUAAUAUUGCCAUAGUAAAGUGUUAUGAAACUGAAA